UUGGCGAUGGAGAUUAAGGCAGAGGGGGGCUUUUUGUCAUUUGUGCGAGACAAGCCAUUCAUCCAUCCCCCGUUCAGAGCCCAAAAAAAGGCUGGUCCCAGAAAUUAGCAGUUUCAGCUCAGCAGCAAAGGCGUCGGGCUGUGAAGGAACAGAGAAAUUGACUAAUUAGCAAUGCGCACUAAAACUUGACGGUUCUCUCCAUAACGCGCACAGAGAAAGGGAGGCAAGACUCGCUUUUUCUCCUCUCCUCUUUUUCCAUAGAUGUUUGAAAUCGCAGUCAUUUACGCUCGACAGUUUUACAAUAGCCUUGAGCCAUAAUUUUGCGAGUCUCUCCAGCAUCCAUACCCCUGCGCGGUCUCUCUCCACCGGCCAUGCGCGUCCGUUUCUCUCCCCGACCGUGGAUUUCCUAUUACUCUCGUUACGACUCACUGAGCCCCAGGCCCAAGGAUAAUGAUGUGUUGUUUCUUGGUAGCAUAAUUUGUCACACGUAUAUUUCUUCUUCUUCUUCAUCUUCUUCGCUUGCAGAAAGCACACAGCUCCUCUCACACUCACACACUCACUUCUUUUUAAUUCAAAGGAAACAUAAAUGAUCAGAGGAACAAAUGAAUGGGGAUCAAUGAUUAGUAUUCUGAUCCAUCGAUCAUAGACUUUUAAAAGAAAGGAUCGCACAAAGAAGAACAAAGAAAGUGCAUUGAAGGACCCGAAGCAUUACUUUUCUUGAGUCAGGUAAGUUUUCGGAUACCUACUAACAUCAUUUAGCACUGGUGCGCACGGUGCGCAAAUGGUGCGAAAGUUGUUUCUUCUCCGCGAUGCGUUCGCGUUCUCGCACAAAUACCGUCAUAAGGAUUACAUGUGUUGCGUUUCCUCGGAUUGCCGACAAAAGCGAUGCGCAAUCGCACAUCUAUGUUUACGAUGAUGGUUGCGGGAGACAAACUAAUUGCUUUUGUAUCGCAUAUCUGGGGAAUGUGUACAUGUAUCUAUCCGUUGUGAGGGGGGGUGUGUGUGUGUUCGUGUGGCCAGAUAUAACAGUAUAGCUUGCACAGAUGCGAGUUUGUAGCCUAUAUUAUGUAGCAGAUAGCUUCUCCCAGUUUGUUUAAUCCGCAGCCUCCGUAUGAUUUGAUGCGCUCACGAAUGCAUGAAUGAGAUGCAUAUGCCUUUAUAAUGCAAAAUCAUCUGAUGCAUGCAUGAGAUCCGCAUAAGAUAUGCAUAUGCCUUUAUACUACAAAUCAAUCUGGUCAAAAAAACGCAUAUGGAUGUGCAAUGUGUUAGGUGAGAAAUGCAGUGUGGUGCACCAAUGGCAUUCUUUACUCAUAGGAGGUGUGCGCAGCCCCGGAGUCAUGUCCAGAUCGGGUGACCGAACCUCCACGUUUGACCCGACUCACAGCGACACUCUGCUGCACGGUCUCAACCUGCUGUGGAGGAAGCAGCUCUUCUGCGAUGUGACUCUGACCGCGCAGGGACAGCAGUUCCAGUGCCAUAAAGCGGUGCUGGCGUCCUGCUCGCAGUAUUUCAGGUCUCUGUUCUCCACACACAUGCUCAACAGAGAAGAUGGGCUGGCAGCGAAGGACCAAGGAAGCAGCGGCACUCCAUCCUCCUCCCCGGAUGACAAGCUCCUGCCUAGCCCGCGCUCCACCACCAUCAACAACCUGGUGCUGCAAGGCUGUUCCUCCAUCGGUCUGCGCUUGGUGCUGGAGUACCUGUACACCGCCAACGUAACCCUCUCCCUGGACACGGUGGAGGAGGUGCUCUCCGUCAGCAAGAUCCUUAACAUACCCCAGAUCACCAAGCUCAGUGUGCAGUUCCUCAACGACCAGAUCUCGGUGCAGAACUACAAGCAGAUCUGCAAGAUUGCAGCCCUGCAUGGACUAGACGAGACCAAGAAGCUCGCCAACAAGUACCUGGUGGAGGACGUUCUCCUCCUGAACUUUGAGGAGAUGUGCGCCAUGCUGGACGCCCUGCCUCCUCCCGUGGAGUCGGAGCUGGCUCUCUUUCAGAUGUCAGUGUUGUGGUUGGAGCAUGACCGGGAGACCAGGAUGCACUACGCUCCAGACUUGAUGAAGCGCCUGCGGUUCGCCCUUAUCCCGGCCCCGGAGCUGGUGGAGAGGGUGCAGUCGGUGGAGUUUAUGAGGAGUGACCCAGUGUGCCAGAAGCUGCUACUAGAUGCCAUGAACUACCACUUGAUGCCCUUUAGACAGCACUGCAGACAGACCACGGCCAGCAGGAUUCGUUCAAACAAACGGAUGCUCCUGUUGGUCGGGGGCCUCCCUCCGGGGCCCGACCGCCUUCCUAGUAAUCUCGUUCAAUACUACGAUGAUGAAAAGAAGACAUGGAAGAUCCUCACAAUAAUGCCAUACAACAGUGCCCAUCACUGUGUGGUCGAGGUGGAAAACUUCCUUCUUUUACUGGGUGGAGAAGACCAGUGGAACCCUAAUGGCAAGCACAGCACUAACUUUGUAAGUCGGUAUGAUCCCAGAUUCAAUAGCUGGAUACAACUACUACCCAUGCAGGAAAGGAGAGCGAGUUUCUUCGCGUGCUGCCUGGAUAAGCACUUGUAUGUUGUUGGGGGAAGGAACGAGACAGGUUAUCUGUCUAGCGUUGAAGCCUACAACCUUGAGACAAACGAAUGGAAUUAUGUUUCGUCUCUUCCUAAGCCGUUGGCUGCACACGCAGGGGCUGUGCACAAUGGGAAAAUAUACAUCUCAGGUGGGGUUCACAAUGGAGAAUAUGUGUCUUGGCUUUAUUGCUACGACCCUGUGAUGGACGUAUGGGCUCGGAAACAGGACAUGAACACUAAGAGAGCCAUACACGCCCUCGCAGGCAUGAACGACCGCCUUUAUGCUAUUGGCGGCAACCAUUUAAAGGGAUUCUCUCAUCUGGAUGUGAUGCUGGUUGAAUGUUACGACCCUAAAGCGGAUCAGUGGAACAUUCUGCAAAUGCCCAUCUUGGAGGGACGCAGCGGACCUGGAUGUGCUGUACUUGAUGACAGUAUUUACUUAGUGGGGGGCUACAGCUGGAGCAUGGGGGCGUAUAAGUCAUCUACCAUUUGUUACAGUCCAGAGAAAGGCACUUGGACAGAAAUGGAAGGAGAGGUGGCAGAACCUUUAGCUGGGCCGGCCUGUGCUACGGUCAUACUGCAAGCCUGUUUACCAUUUAACAAAUAACUGGAUAGAACGGCGAAGAAUGCAGCCAAGUAGAAGAAAGCGCUGUUGGGAUGUAAAGUCCACCGCUAAACAAAAAUGAAUGAGAGGACUCUCUCUGAGAAACGCCUGCAGCUUUUGAACAGGAGGUGAUGAGGUGCACAGAUUAUUAUUUUUUUACUGGUCGGACAAGAGCACUUUGUUUCUUUCAUACCUAAAAGUUUAAACUGAUGUAAAUCAUCAACUUUACAUAUUUGAUGCACACAUGUGUUGACAUUCAACUGCUCAUACUCAAUCCAUUUUUAAUCGUAAAUGUUUUCGCUUAACUUGACAUUGGCACACAUACUUUUUCAAAUCGAUGUAGCUUCCAUAUGUACUUUGUAUUUUGUGGAAACCGGUGAUGAAAGAGACAAUGUUGAUUUGGGUUGACAAAGGACUUUUCAUGUUUUUUCCAAGCAAAAAUCACAAUUCUGUGUGCACUGUAGAGUAGAUAUCAGCUAUUUAAUAUAUAUCACACAAUGUCUGCUUAUUAGAUAUUGUCGCCAUACUUAAGUGGCACAUUGUUAUUUGUAUAGAUGAAAGAAGAUUAAAUGUCAAUUAUUUAAAAAAAGAAAAAACAAAUCAUGCCAGACAACACAGACACAGCAUUGAUUGAUUAUUGGUUGAACAAUCAUUAUAUUAUUUACUGAGCCAUGUGUUAUAUAUUCAUGGCGUGGAGUGGAAAGCUUAUUGUAUUAUACUGUGGGUAAAUAUUUGCUUUGUUCAUGUUGUUUACCUGUUCAUAUCUCACAGUGCCUAUUUUUAGCACUAGGGUGCUCUAUUUCAUAAAACGUCUCAUAAUAACAGCCUUACUAAAAAUCAACCAUUUUAAAUUGAGUCAAAAUCAUAUAAAUUAUUGGACUGAUUGGUUUCUCCGAGGCGUGAUAAGAAAUCUGAAUAUGUUGCACUGAUAUUUGUCGGCCCUUUUGAUGAGGAAAGGGAAUGUUGUUGUUUUUUUCAUUCUUGUUAAUAAUUGCUUGCAGUGGAACAUUUUGUGCUCAUGGGAUUUAUUCUCAAAUCCUGUUAUGUUCUUUACAUUUUAGUCUAUGAAAAUAAAACUGAAUUUCUGGAUCAGUAAUGUAUCUGUCUGAGCUUCACCCACAAAAGCGCAAUAUCUCAAUGAUACAUUUUUAGGUGCACUUUAUGUGCAACACAUGUAUUAUUACAGCUGCGCCAUUUUAA